AUGCAAUUCGAAGCCACAGCCUCGUUUGUCCUCCUCUUACAAAUAACAUUGACAUCAACAGAGCACCAGCAUAACCGCUACAACCCACUGAAAGACGAAUGGAUACUGGUUUCUCCCCACCGCUGUAAGCGACCUUGGAGUGGGCAAACGGAACAGCCUCCUGAAGAAACCCCGGAUCCAAAUAACCCCCUUCGAGCUGGUGCUGUCAGAGCAAAUGGACAGAAAAACCCUCCGUAUACAUCGACCUACGUGUUCCCGAAUGACUUCCCGGCCCUCCUGGAGCGAGUGCCUGAUCCGCCGGCAUCUGAACAUCCAUUAUUCGUCUCCGCACCAGCUAAGGGCACGUGCAGAGUGAUGUGCUUCCAUCCAGAUUCUACCAAAACCAUUCCAUUGAUGACAGUUGAAGAGAUUUUAGCUGUGAUACAAGAAUGGAUCAGCCAGUCUCGAGAGUUGGGUCGCCGCUACGUGUGGGUACAGAUCUUCGAGAACAAGGGGGCGGUGAUGGGAUGCUCCAACCCUCAUCCUCACUGCCAGGUGUGGGCUUCGAGCUUCCUGCCCAACGAACCCAGGGUCAAGGACAGAUGCCAGAAGGAAUAUUACGAUAAACACGGAAAAGCUAUGCUGGUUGAGUAUUUGGAGCAGGAAUUGAUUAAAAAGGAGCGAAUAGUUGUAGAAGACGAGCACUGGGUGGCGCUAGUGCCGUACUGGGCGUCUUGGCCAUAUGAGACCAUGCUGCUACCGAAGAAUGGAUCCCCGCAGCGAAUGACAGAUCUAGAUGAGGACCAGACCAGAUCGUUGGCAGUCGUGAUGAAGGAGCUGAAUACCAAAUAUGACAACCUGUUCAACUGCAGUUUCCCGUACAGUAUGGGAUGGCACGGUGCUCCGACGGGUCCCCAGCACCAAGCCGGUGACUCCCCCCAUUGGCUACUACAUGGAACGUAUCUCCCCCCUCUGCUGCGCUCUGCCACCAUCAAGAAGUUCAUGGUGGGCUACGAGAUGCUGGCACAGCCCCAGCGAGACCUCAUACCGGAGCUGGCCGCUGAUACACUGCGGAAAUGUCAUGCUGUGCAUUACAAGCUGAGAUAGAAAGAUUAUACAGCUUUCCUAAU